ACAAAGUUCACACACUGUCGGUUCCACAGGGUAACCGGUAAUAAAGCCGCACACGUGCCUUAAUCUCACUUGGCUCUGCUUUCUUCAGCCAACAGCUUCAAACCCCUCCUUCUCUUAAUCCCUUACAGAAGCCAACCUCGAACCCCCCAAACAAACCUCACUACGCCACGCCUAUUUCUCUCUCUCUCUCUCUCCGUGCGCUAAGCCGCACCACAAACCGACCAAUUUUUCCGGUAAUUCACCGCCGGAAAAAGUUCCAUAAUUCCCUCGCUGUAUCCCAUCUCUGAUGCUUACCCUUUCAGACGACCACUCUUCUCCUCCUGAUCCCCAUAGCAAUAACAAUCAGAAACCCACCAAAACCAUCGAUUCCUUCUCUCUCAACGUGGUUUUCCAACCCAUUCGCCAUCCCCGAACAUGCCUCCUCAUCGCCAUCCUCUCCAUCCAAAUAAUCUUGCUCUGCACUCUCCGAUCCCUCCCCUUCUCUCGCCCACACCUCCCGCCGCCGUACUCCGCCGUUUCCAACCCUUUCCCGUCGCCGGAAGACCAAUGCGGUGGCCGCCGCGUCUUCGUCUACGACAUGCCUAGGGUUUUCAACCAAGAAAUUCUCGAAAAUUGCGACGACUUGAACCCGUGGAGCUCCCGGUGCGACGCGCUGUCGAACCAAGGGAUGGGGAUGAGAGCCACCGCAUUAGCCGGAAUCGUCCCGGAUAAUCUUCUUCCGGCGUGGUACUGGACCGAUCAGUUCGUUACGGAGGUUAUUUUCCACAAUCGGAUCCUGAACCAUAAGUGCCGGGUCAUGGAGCCCGAAUCGGCCACCGCUUUCUACAUACCGUUUUACGCCGGUUUGGCGGUAGGGAAGUACCUAUUUUUGAACACCAGUACAGCGAAGGAUCGUGAUCGCCAUUGCGAGAUGAUGCUGAGGUGGGUCCAGGAUCAACCGUUUUACAAGCGAUCAAAAGGCUGGGAUCACUUCCUUACAAUGGGCCGCAUCACAUGGGAUUUCCGACGGUCCAAAGACGAAGACUGGGGUUCCAGCUGUAUCUACAUGCCCGGGAUGAGAAACAUCACACGCCUUCUGAUUGAACGAAACUCGUGGGACUAUUUCGACGUCGGCGUUCCCUACCCCACCGGAUUCCACCCCCGAUCGGACUCGGAUAUAGCCCAUUGGCAAGACUUCGUCCGCAACCGCAAGCGCACGACCCUCUUCUGCUUUGCCGGUGCGACACGUGGCGCCAUCAAGAACGACUUCAGGGGUCUACUCUUGAACCACUGCGCGAAAGAGUCCGACUCGUGUCGGGUCGUGAACUGCUCCGGAAGUCGGUGCUCUAACGGCACAUCAGCGAUCCUCGAGACGUUUCUGGACUCGGAUUUUUGUCUGCAGCCAAGGGGUGAUAGCUUCACCCGCCGGUCCAUCUUCGACUGCAUGGUGGCCGGCUCAAUCCCGGUUUUUUUCUGGAAACGAAGUGCAUAUUUUCAGUACGAGUGGUUUUUACCGGGUCAGCGUGAAAGUUACUCGGUUUUCAUAGACCGUAACGCGGUAAAAAAUGGGACAUCAAUACGCCAAGUUUUGGAGAAGUACAGCAGAGAAGAGGUGAGGAAAAUGAGGGAAAAAGUGAUCGAGUACAUACCCAAAUUUGUAUACGCACAACCCCAAGAAGGGUUGGAGCGUGUGAAAGAUGCAUUUGAUGUAGCCAUUGAUGGAGUGCUGAAAAGAUUUAAGGAGCAAGAGGAGUGGGGAUACAAGUGGUAAAAACUAAAAAUCCAGGAUGAGGCGGUAAAAUUACAUGAUUUUAUAUUUAUUUUUUCACUGAUUAUUCAACUUGUGUCAGAUAUAUCGCAUAGCGAUAAGAUAAGUUCCGAAUUUUAUAGAGGGUAGAAAGUGAGAUAUAGGCGGUAUUAAAAAUUAUAAUGUAAUUCUUUUACUCUGUUUGUUGUUGUAUACAAAUUGCUGAAAAUUCUUAGA